AUGGACAUGUCCUCGGCUAGAUGGAUUUCUGAAAUGGGGAUAGAUGACUACAAUUUCAUGAAUCACUCCCAUAUGAAUUCUCUUGAUGAUUUCACCGCACAACAAUUAGUAACUACAGUGGGAGAGAACAUUCAACACUCUUUCUCUUCUAAGAGCUACAAAAAUUCUGCUUCUUCUUAUCCAAUCUUCAAUCCAAAAGGCAACACUACUACUGCUGCUACCACCUUCACUGAUUCACCACAAGCUGAAAUGAGCAUGAUGAAUGCUAACACUUGGAAGUACUCUAGUACCACGGAAGAAGUUACUCCAAAAGCUGCUUCUUCAUCUUCCUCCCACAUCACUUUUGCGAAUUCCGGCUCACCACCACCUUAUACCAAACCUCAACACUUGUAUGGAAAUUUAGACUUCUCAUCUAUCAGGCCAAAGGAUGAGAUGAUAAGCUUCCCAUUGAAUUCAGAGGGUUCCUACGGUAGCAAAAGCUAUGCACAAAAAGAGAGUCAGGGUACAAAGAGGCCUCACACAAUGACUAGGUCUCCUUCACAUGCACAAGAUCACAUAAUGGCUGAGAGGAAGAGGAGAGAAAAGCUCAGCCAGAGGUUCAUAGCUCUUUCUGCCAUUGUUCCCGGCCUAAAGAAGAUGGACAAAGCUUCUGUACUUGGAGAUGCUGUCAAGUACUUGAAACAGCUUCAAGAAAGAGUGAAAUUGCUGGAAGAACAGACAGAGAAGAAAUCGGAGGAAUCGGUUGUUUAUGUGAAGAAGUGUCAUAUUUCUGGUGAUGAUCAUGAUGACUCUUCAUGUGGUGAAAACUUCCUUGACGGCUCUAAUGAUGCACUCCCGGAGAUUGAAGCUAGAGUUUCAGAAAAGAAUGUACUGAUUAGAAUCCACUGUGAGCAGAAGAAGGGAAUUCUAGUGAAAAUUGUAAGCAAAAUAGAGAAGCUUCAUCUUAGUGUUGUCAAUACCAGUGUGUUGCCAUUUGGGAAAUACGCCAUGGAUAUAACUAUUAUCGCUCAGAUGGAAGAUGAAUUCUGCAUGACAGUGAUGGAUCUAGUGAGGAGUCUUCGAUCGGAUUUUCUAGAGUUGGUGUGA